UCUCUAGUUCAUGGUGACAUAUCUGAGAGUUGGUAGUUUCAUUUCAGACAUUGUAGAGUUACGAAUACGUGCGUAGAAAUGAGUGACCUUACGACUAAAGGAGUAUGCAAAUGCGUAUAGAGGAUUUAGAACUAAGUUUGGACAGCAUAGAGUCGUUAGUGAAAACACUGAAAAGGAUUAUUGACAAUUUCAUACAGUAUGGCACUGUUCACGACCGUAGAUAUGAUGCUCCGGGCCCUUCAUACACAGUUGGGACGGAAAAAACAGUGGAUAGUGUAGACAAAUAUUUUGCAGAACAUCCGAAUUCUACUAUCAGAAAAGCUGCUGAAUUAUUAAAAACAAGAUGCAUGGAGGCACGUGUAAAAUUCUGCAAGACUAUAACAGAGAUGUUUGAAUCCGGAGAAAUUGAUGAAAACAAAAUUGUUUUUUCUGACGAGGCUCAUUUUUGGUUAAAUGGAUACUUCAAUAAACAAAAUUUUCGGUUUUGA